AUGCCUACCGAGAGGGCAAAACGGUUACCUUUGGUCAACUUUUUUUUCCGUAUAUCAAGGCUAGUAUUUGCUAGUGCUAAGAUAAUGUUAGCUACUCCUGAGUCGAAAGUUGUAUUCGCCAGUGCCAAGAUAUUGUUGGCUACUCCCGCUGCGAACGUCAUGUUUGCAACUGUUCUGUUUGAAACCCCGAAAGAUCCCGCUAUUCCGCUACCCAGAAAGCAGUUUGGGCAACACACCCUUGCACCAGAAAUGCCAGAUUUGCCGUCAUCAUUUGGUCGACCAAUACUGACGGGUGGUGUAUAA